AUGAAUCAAUCAAGUGACUUGAACAACUUCUUUCAGAAUGGAUCAGUCGAUGAGAAUGGCAUCGAUGACUCACUAAACAAUGCUACAGACAGUGUCAUUAAUCAACAACAGCAGCAACAGCAACAACAACAACGUUCAACACCAACCAAACAACAACAAGGCGGUUCAAAUGGUGCGCAGUAUCAUGUUCCCAUUGUCAACCCUGUUACAACAAACCAACCUUUACUGGGGCCAGAGACAGGUCUACAAGAAUAUCAACGAAGUGAUUUGACAGCGAUCAAGGAGAAACAAUUGGGUAUAUUGAGGUUCGAGGUGAUCACGAAUGACAGCUCAGUGAGGAACUUGGAGUUGUUGAUGAACUUGAAGAAUGUGUUCUCAAAACAAUUGCCAAAGAUGCCUCGCGAGUAUAUAGUCCGUCUGAUAUUCGAUCGCUUUCAUCACUCAUUGCUCAUCAUCAAGCGUGAUGUGGUCAUUGGUGGCAUCAGUUUCAGGCCGUUCCGCGAGCAGGGCUUCAUCGAGAUUGCCUUCUGCGCCAUCACGUCCAACGAACAGGUCAAGGGCUACGGCUCCUACCUGAUGACACAUCUCAAGGAGCACAAUCGCAAGACGGGCAUAUAUCACUUCUUGACAUUCGCCGACAACUUUGCCAUCGAGUACUUCCAGAAGCAGGGAUUCACGCAUGAGAUCACAUUGGCGCGCGACAAGUGGAAGGGCUUCAUUCAAGAGUACGACGGAGGCUCGCUGAUGGAGUGCGUCGUGCAUCCCAACGUGCCCUACCUCGACAUCUCCUCGUUGGUGCGCGAGCAGCGCGAGGUUCUCAACAAAAAGAUACGCACGAUUAGCACGUCGCACGUCGUGCAUCCCGGCCUCAAGCACUUCCAGCAGGGUCGGCGAUUGGCCAUUGGCGACAUCCCCGGCAUCAAACAGGCGGGCUGGGUGCAGACACAGACCGAGCAGCAGAUCCAGGCGCUGCACAAGGAGCUACAGCGCAUACUGGACGAGGUCAAGUCGCACCCCGAGUCAUGGCCCUUCCUCACGCCAGUGACGGACGAGAUCGCGCCCAACUACUCCAACGUCAUCAAGGACCCUGUCGACCUGAGCAAGGUUGCCGAGCGUCUGGCCACAGGCUGCUACUACAUCACCAAGUACAUGUUCCUGGCCGACCUCAAAAGGAUGUGCGAGAACUGUCGACUGUACAAUACCGAGGGCGCCUACUUCCACAUUGCCAACCGACUGGAACAAUAUGUUAUCCAGCAAUGUCAGGCACUGCCGUGA